GGGAGCGGGCGCAGCGAGCUGAGACAGACCGAGUGACAGCGCCUGAGUCCCGGGGAAGAAGCUCACGGAGUCUCCGUGAAAAAACGUGCCUGCAGCACAGUCAAGAUGCCGAACAAAACCAAGAAGGAGAAGGAAACAACCAAAGGUGCUAAAAGCAGCAUGAAGAACAGUACAAGCAGCGGCGGCGGUGGUAGCGGCGGCAGCGGGGGGAAAGAUGCUGCUGUUGCUGCAGAGAACUCAGACGAGUCCCAGCAGCAGCAGAGUGGCAGUAAGCGUCCCAGUAACAGCACGCCUCCGCCCACUCAGCUCAACAAGAUCAAAUACUCUGGAGGUCCUCAGCUGGUGAAGAAGGAGCGCCGCCAGAGUUCAUCUCGCUUCAGCCUGACCAAGAACAGAGAGCUGCAGAAACUACCUGCGCUCAAAGACUCGCCCCUAAUGGAGCGUGAGGAGCUGUUUGUGCAGAAGCUCCGUCAGUGCUGCGUCCUUUUUGACUUUGUCAGCGACCCGCUCAGUGACCUCAAGUACAAAGAGGUGAAGAGGGCGGGGCUCAACGAGAUGGUGGAGUACAUCACACACAACAGUGACGUGGUGACCGAGUGCAUCUACCCCGAGGCCGUCCUCAUGUUUUCAGUGAACUUGUUCCGGACUCUUCCUCCGUCCUCCAAUCCGACUGGAGCUGAGUUUGAUCCUGAGGAGGACGAACCAACGCUGGAGGCUGCCUGGCCUCACCUGCAGCUCGUCUACGAGUUCUUCCUUCGCUUCCUGGAGUCUCCAGACUUCCAGCCGAACAUUGCCAAGAAAUACAUCGACCAGAAGUUCGUCAUGUCGCUAUUGGAGCUGUUCGACAGUGAGGACCCCCGAGAGAGAGACUUCCUGAAGACCAUCUUACACCGCAUCUACGGCAAGUUCCUCGGCCUCCGCGCCUACAUCCGCCGCCAGAUCAACAACAUCUUCUACAGAUUUAUCUAUGAGACCGAACAUCACAAUGGCAUUGCUGAGCUGCUGGAGAUCCUGGGGAGUAUAAUCAACGGCUUCGCUCUCCCUCUGAAAGAAGAACACAAGAUGUUUCUGAUCCGAGUUCUGCUGCCGCUGCACAAAGUCAAGUCUCUCAGCGUCUACCACCCACAGCUGGCAUACUGUGUGGUCCAGUUCUUGGAGAAAGACAGCAGCCUGACGGAGCCGGUGAUCAUGGGUCUGCUGAAGUUCUGGCCAAAGACUCACAGUCCGAAGGAGGUGAUGUUCCUGAACGAGCUGGAGGAGAUCCUGGACGUCAUCGAGCCGUCAGAGUUCGUCAAAGUUCAGGAGCCACUCUUCAGACAGCUCGCCAAGUGUGUGUCCAGCCCACACUUUCAGGUGGCAGAGAGAGCUCUGUAUUACUGGAAUAAUGAGUACAUCAUGAGUCUGAUCAGCGACAACGCCGCCAAGAUCCUCCCCAUCAUGUUCCCCGCCCUCUACAAGAACUCCAAGAGCCACUGGAACAAGACGAUCCAUGGUCUGAUCUAUAACGCUCUGAAGCUCUUCAUGGAGAUGAACCAGAAGCUGUUUGAUGACUGCACGCAGCAGUACAAGGCUGAGAAACAAAAAGAGAAAUACAAGCUGAAGGAGCGAGAGGAGAUCUGGCACAAGAUCGAAGAGCUGGCCCGACAGAACCCUCAGAGCAAUAAGCUCCACCCCCUCCGCCCUGGGCUCCACCCACAGGAAGAGUACAUGUUGUACAGCGACAGCUCCGUGGCCGUGUACUCGAUGGAGACGGAGACUCCGACGGCUGAAGACAUCCAGCUGCUGAAGAAGACUGUGGAGAGCGAAGCCUCGCAGGGUCUGAAGGACCUGAAGAAGGACAAAGUCCUGAUGAGGAGGAAGUCGGAGCUGCCGCAGGACGUCUACACCAUCAAAGCUCUGGAGGCUCAUAAGAGAGCUGAGGAGUACCUGACAGCCAAUCAGGAAGCUCUCUGACCAGGGGGGGCGGUCCCUUCUGAGCCUGACUCUCUCUGAUUGGAGGAAGCUGUGCUGGGUCGGAUGAGGGCGGAGCUGACGCUGCGUUCAAAGAACAAAAACAACCGUCUGACCCCUGAUGGUCCAGAACAUGUAGGACACUGUGUAGACGUCCGUCCCGCGUCCUGUCUCAAACUGUGUCAUCUGUACCUGCAUCUCAACGCCGCCAGGUGACCGCAACGCUGCCCUGGACAUGCACAGACUGACAGUUCCUGAACGCAUCACCAACAGGACUUUUCCACAGCGGGAACUCCGCGAACUGUGAAGGAACGUGUCGUCUCAGUUUCUGCUGCGGUUCCACCGUGUUCUGCCAGAACAGCUUCACUGCUUUAAAUCUGAAACAUCUUUAUUUCUCCAGGUUUUUAUUUUCUCAAAUUCUCUGCAAUGCUCAAUCUUUAAACUCCGUCUGAGUCCUCGGAACAUUUAAUCCCUUUAGUCUAAAACCAGUCAGCUGCUCUACUUUACGACUCUGAAAUGUAAAGAUACAGACUGUCAGACGAAUCAAGAUCAUAAAGAAACAAACACCAGUUUAACCCUCAGCAGCAGAGACGUUCAGGUCACGUUGGCAUUUACAGAAAUGCUGUUUAUUUCCUGUCCACAGUUUUUAUCCCGACCGAAUGCUGCCGAAAUACUUUCUGUUAAAGACGUGACGUUUAUGUCUGCUCUGUUUCUGCUUUAAAUGAAUUCAUACUGACGUGUAAAAAAAAAAAAACAACCUAUCAGCUGCUUCCUGUCGCCUGCUCACUGUCGAAAGCCUGAAAUGUUCUGGUUUGUCAAACAGAGUUACGCAGCUGGUUUAUACCGGUUCUGACUGGUUCUUACUGGUCUCAGGUUGUUGUGUUCCUGCUGUGGAAAAGAGCUCCGACACAUCACGUCUGUCCCGUGACACCUGAAGGCAGCACAGAUGAGUUCACUGACUCGCUCCAACAGCCGCUUCACUCCAGAGCCCCGCCCCCUUCACCUGACCCAACCAAUCACCUCUCAGCACGGACCUGCGGUGGACUCAUGACUGAAGCAGCUUCAGAUGGACUGUUGAUGGUGAUGAUGAUGAUGAUGGUGGUGACGAUGAUGAAGAGACACAGUGAAUGUAGACGUCCAAUCAGCAUCCAGCUGGUCACCUGACAGAACAGACCUUUGAGUCCAACGUCAUUUAUUUGUUUUAUUUUAAUGUUCGUCGGUCGUACGGAGGAAAAGAACGACUCAACUGUCAACACAGAAAAAAGUUUCAAAAAAUACCAAAAUAAAUAAAUAAAUAAAAUGUUGAAAUAAAUAAAUAAAUAAAUCAAAGCUGAUCAUUAAACUGAACUGAAACUCUUAAAUUAAUUUGAACAUUUUUGUAAAACUACACUUUUUUUAAUAAAUUAUUUAUUUCAUUUCAUUUCAACAUUUUAUUUGUUUAUUCCUGUAAACGUUUAUUUAGUGAUACUUCGAUUCAUUUUUCAUCUUCCGUAGGUCCACGCUGUCAUGACGUCGUCGACUCUGAACCAAUGAGAGAAGUCGUUUGCUUGAGGAGGCGUUUUCUGUCAGAACGUCACGUGGGUGUUUUGUCGUCAGCGCUGAAAUACUUAAAGAAUAAAAACUUGUUUGUGCUUGUGAGCAAAACGAGACGUUCAGGCGUUGUGGGACAUAAUGCCUCUGAAGGAGCGUCUCAGUGUGAGUCGAAGCUUUCGACUGCGCAACAAAACCCAACAGUUUGUCUGAAUUUUAAGGUUCAGCGUUGGUUUCAGGACCUAACGAGUCCAAACGCCAUCAAACAGGAUGCUCAACAAUGUCACAUGAUAAAUACAAAUACAUCUCACUAAAGUAAAAGCCUGGAUUUCGACUUGUUAAAGACACAUCUGAUGAACGAGACGAAGUUCAGUGAUUUUUAAACAUUAAAAAACAGAAAAGUUAAAACCGCAUCAGCCGGUAAAAAAACCAACUCCUCCAGUUUCCCGUGAUCCUCUGCUGUCUCGGUUCUGUUUACAACACCGUCUGAGCUGUGUUCCAGUUUCACUGUUUCAUGCUGUCGCAUUCUGUGCCAUAAAAAAAAAAAGUUUGUAACAAAGAUAAUCAUUUCAAAUAGUUUUGUUCGUCUAAAAGUUACAGCGACUUUUAACGAGUGAAAAUAACCUGAGUAUUUCAGUGUCACGUGUUGUCACACAAAGUUCGCUCGUUUUGUUAAACACUAACUGUGUUUCAAUUUCAGUUCAUGUCACAAACAGUUCGGUAAAAUUCCGGAUGAACAAAAAAUGAACUUAAAUGUCAUCAAAACGCAUUUUUGUCAACAACAGAAAACAGAAACUGUAAAACUGGUCGUUUUUUUGGUUUGUUUUUUACAAAAACGCAACUGAUGUUUUCAUGAAAGUGCAUUUUUCCUGAAAGAAAAUACUAACGUCACAGAGGUGAGUUUCUCCUCACGGAAAUACUUUAACGGUCCGUAAAAAAUUAAAGUGAACAUUCUGAAUGAAAACAUGAUAAUUGUUGUUAAAAUGCAUUUUUCCUUAUUGAAAAUAUUUGAUAAACAUUAAAGUACAUUAAUGUAGCUACAUUUGUUUCUGUCAAACACUCAGUAAAAUUUUUACUGUGCACUUUUGCUGAAAGAAAACUCUUUAAUGGAAGCGCAUUUUCCUAAUUGAAAACAUUCAGUACCUUCGAUAAAGUGUUUUUAUUUUUCACGUGAAUGUUCGGAUGAGAACAUGCAAGAAAUGUUACAAGUUAAUUUUUGUGACAAAAAUCGUGCAAGUUUGAGUGCACUUUGCUGACAGAAGACUGUUGAUAAAGCGCAUUUUUCCUCUUCCAAAAUGUGCGAUAAAUGUCACUGAAAGUGUAUUUUCUGACAAAAUUAUAAAUGUAAUGAAUAAAAGUUUUAGAGUGCACUUGUGCAUUUUUCCUCAUGAAAACACUUCAUGAAUACCAAAUGUUGAAAGUGCAUUUUUCUGCCAAAAUAAUGUCAAUGAUUUUUUCUGAAAGAAACGCUCAAUAUAAGUUUUAGAGUGCGCUUUUACUGACAGAAAACUGAGUGUCAAUAAAGCUCAUUUUUUCCUCAUUGAAAACAUUCAAUACCUUUGAUAAAUGUCAUCACAGUGCAUUUUUUGUCUGCACAAAAACACGUGAUAAAUGUCACUUAGUUUUAACUGACAGGAGUGCAUGAAAGUGCAUUUUUCCUUAUUAAAAAAAAAAUCACUUGAUCAAAGUGAAUGUUCGGAUGAGAAUGUGCAAUAAAUGACGUUUGAAGUGCAUUGUUUUGACGAACACACAAUGAAUGUCAGUUUCUCCAACAGAAAUAUUCAGUAAAUAUUUCAGAGUGCACUGCUGCUGACAGAAAACUCAGUCUCAAUACAGUGUGUUUUUUGUCAAGUCAAGGUGCAUUUUUCUGACAAAAACACAAAAAAAUUUGACAGCAAUCGCAUGUUAAAAUUUAAAGUGCAUUUUUCCUACCAAAAACAAAAAGCGCAGCUAUUGUAUGUUCAUAUAUCCCGUUUCACAGCAUUAACGAAAGUUAAAAUAAUUCAUGUAUCCGCCUCGAGAUUUAGAUUCGCACCAAAAUGUAAUGGGUUCUUCCUCGGCCGUGUUUCACUCCUCCACAACGUUUUGUGAAAGUCACGCCUCAAACAAAUGAAACCGAAAAAACGCCAGAAAAUUAUUCGAUUGUCCUGUUAAAAAUGCGCUCACUACUGUUCAGUAGGUUUUUUAGCUCGUGUAUUACCUUUAAGAAACGCACCAGAGUGAACGAAAAGUUGUGACAAACUUUUUUUCUGCAAUAGGAUUUGUUUGAAAUUCAUGUUUGCGUUUUGGGACAUUUUGCAGUUUGAUGACAUUUACGGAACGUUUAUUGAUGUGAGCGAGAAUGACAAAAUGUCUGUCCGUCUGUCUUUGUCUAAAAUAAUGAAGCUCGUCAUCACCUAAAGAGUGACGUGCUGUAUCCCACCUGGAGACGUGGCGCGUCUCACCUGUUGCUGCAGAAACAUGAGAACAGUCAUGACUCUCUGAAUACCAUCAUGCGCAGUUACUGGUGGAUAUUGUCAUGUGUAUGGACACAUGGCCACGCCCCCUCACAUACAGGCCACACCCCCUCCCACAGACCGUGACGUUUACAGCUCUUUUAUUUUUUUUAUCUUACUUCCUGGUCGGCUGCUUUCCGUUAAGUCGCCACACAUCGUCCUCCACUUGCCGUCGUGUGAUUUGCUGUCAGUCAAUCAACCAUUCCAGGGGUGGUUAGCCCCGCCCACCUCUGUGUGCCGCCACUGGACAAAAUAGCCGCCACAGCUCCGAGUCCAAAGAGUUAAUGUGAGAUGUUUUUAAACACUUCCUGUGUACCUUGUGUGUAGUCUGGGGGGUUGUCCAGCAGGGGGCCGAGCAGGUGUGAGUCUGAGUGUCUUCAUUGAUCCUGUGAUCAUUGAAUCGAUCGAUCAGCUGAUCAGUGUUAUUUCAAAGUUUGUCCAGCAGAGAGCACUCACAACUCCACUUUGUAUCAGUACUUACAAAUGAUAUAAAAAUAAAUCAUUGAUUAAUAUCAAUACUCUGAUCAAACAAACACAAAUACAUAAAUAAAUAAAUAAAUAAAUAAAUAUAAAUAAACAAAUAAAAACAGACAAACUAAAGUUUAAACUUCAGUGACUUCUCUGACUGCACAGACUCUGAUUUUAUUUUUCUGGUUCUGUUUGACAGUAGAUUUUGUCUUUGUUGGGAUGUUUGACGACGACUGAGGCCGCAGAUGAUGAUGAUGAUUGUGAUGAGAGAUGAAGGUCAGUUCACUGUUACUGACACAUUUAGUCCCCUGAAACAAACUCUAAAGAUCCACUCUCUGACUCGACUCGUCGCUGGGUCCAAUCAGCUCUUUGAGAACCUUCAGAUUAUAAUAAAUACUUUGCAGAGGUUUAUUUUGUCUGGCGGCGGCGGCGGCGCAGUUCUUGAUAAACUGACUCCACGGUGAAACAUUUCAUGAAAAUAAGAAACCAUCACCACGAUCUGUGACACUAAAACACGAGCGCUGCUUCCCGCCAUCCUGUACAUAUGUUGUACUUUAAUUAGAACAUGACAUAGUAUGAAAGUGAGAUUUUGUA